AAUUGAUUGUAGAUUGGUCUUGGCAAUUACGUAUGUACAUUUAGCACGAUAGUAACGGAUAGUUUGUUUAUUCAAUUUAGCUAGUUGCAAAAAAAAGCUUUCAUAUUUUAUCAUCAUCAUUUCAUCAUGUCAAUUGAACAGUCUGUUCAACUGAACUUUUUAUCUCGUGCUGAUGGCUCUGCUUACUAUUGCUUAGGAAAUACAUCUGUCGUAGCAUCUGUGACUGGCCCUACCUCUGGUCGUGUGUCAGCCAGACAUCACAACAAAUGCAAUCUGGAAGUUCAAUUUUGUCCUUGUAAUGGACAGCCAACAAUAGAGGAGCGUGAUGUGGAAUGCAUCAUAGGAGAAUGCAUUGAAGAAAUUCUUGCCAGUCAUCUACACCCCAGAGCCACAAUACUCCUCAAUAUUCAAGAGCUGCAGUCUGAGCACGAGCACCAGCUGCUGACAGCCAGUUUAAAUGGCGCAGUCAUGGCGUUGAUGGACGCCGGCGUGCAGAUGCAAGGUCUCCUGGCAGCGGUUACCUGCUGUUACACCCACGCCGGCGUGGUCAUUGUUGAACCUACCGCCCUCGAGCUGCAGGAGAGUAAAAGCUCUUUAGUGUUUGUGUUAGAGAGCGACACGGCGAACGUGGUUGCCUGCUACCAGCAAGGCCGGCUCAGCGUUGCCGAAUAUACUGCUGUACUCAACAGGGCCAUUGAAGCUGCCAAAGAAGUAUUCCAGUUUUACAGAUCUGAAAUGUUGAAAAGAUAUUCCAGUCAUGGGUGCAUUGAUGGCCAAAACGAAGCAGACUAUGAUUACGAUCCGUUGUAGUACAAUGGUUAUGUCACAUC